AGUGUUGUACAAGUCCGGAGACAUAUUGAUGCGCUAGUGUCAUCAUCGGAAGCAAAGGCGUCCGAGCGGAAGCAUUCACGAUGAAUCAAGAGGAGGACACCGUUAAUUUGCAGAUCUUCGUUCCGGAGCUUAACGUUCGGAAGUUCCUUGCGGUGACCCAAAACGAUUUCAUCUGGGAUGUGAAACGCAAGUUAUUGGCCACCCUUCCGCAAGCUCUUCCGCAAGCUUUCAACUACGGGCUCUUCCUUCCUCCAUGCGAUGGACGAGCCGGAAAGUUUCUUCUCGAGGAUCGGACCAUUCGUGACUAUCCGUUCACUGAUUGUGUUCCGUAUCUCGAGUUGAAGUAUAAGAAACGAGUCUAUAAGAUGCUCAAUCUUGACGAGAAGCAGCUGAAGGCAAUGCACACGAAGGGCCAACUCAAAAAGUUUAUGGACUACGUUCAGCAGAAGAAUAACGAGAAAGUGGAAAAGAUGUGUUCGCAGGGACUUGAUGCAAAUUUUCAUGAUGCUCAGGGAGAAACCCCAUUAACGCUGGCUGCUGGAAUCCCGAACAAUCGAGCUGUAAUUGUAUCCCUUAUUGGUGGCGGAGCACACGUGGAUUUUCGCAAUUCAGAAGGCCAAACUGCAAUGCACAAAGCCGCAUUUCUAUCUUCCUUCGAGAAUGUAAAAACCUUGAUCGAACUUGGAGCAAGCCCAAACUAUCGUGAUCCAAUUGGACUUACACCGCUCUACUAUAAUAUGUUGACAGCAGAUUCGAAUGAUCAAGUCGCUGAGAUUCUUCUACGAGAAGCCGCCGACAUCGGUGUGACCGAUAUGCACGGAAACCACGAGAUUCAUCAAGCAUGCAAGAAUGGGUUAACGAAACAUGUGGAACACUUACUCUAUUUCGGUGGUCAGAUCGAUGCUGAAAAUGUAAAUGGGAAUAGUCCUCUUCAUGUCUGUGCAGUGAACAAUAGGCCAGAAUGUGCAAGAGUACUGCUGUUUCGGGGAGCUGAUCAUCUAGCUGUGAACAAGCAAGGACAAACUGCGUUACAUGUUUCGCAUAUUGUCGGAAAUCCUGGUGUGGCUGAUGUCGUUCAAGCACAUAAUCCUAAAUCUUCAGUACCAUAUCGCGGCACUCCUCAAUACUCAACUCGCCGACGCCUCAGCUCAACCAUCACUCGCCGACGUUCGAUGUCCCAAUCCUCAAUAUGCAGCCAGGAUGUCUACCGUACUCCCCAAAGUGUACGAAAAGGUCCAAUGUCUGCAGCUCCAUCGCCAAGCCCGUCUCGAUCCUCCCGUACUACCAUCACCCCAUCAGAGUACGGUACGAUGCGACGGUCUGGAAUGGAUUCGAUGCGUGGUGGUGGAAUGAUUGCAGCUGGACACGAGACAAAUAUCGCUCGGAUUCUGGUGAUUCCACGUGGUGUCAAGGGAUUCGGUUUCAUUUUGAGAGGAGCUAAACAUGUCGCCAUGCCAUUGAACUUCGAGCCAACUGCUCAAGUGCCGGCUCUUCAAUUUUUUGAAGGUGUCGACAUGUCCGGAAUGGCGGUUCGCGCGGGAUUAAGGCCAGGAGAUUACUUGCUGGAAAUUGAUGGAAUCGAUGUGCGAAGGUGUUCACACGAUGAAGUCGUCGAAUUCAUUCAGCAAGCCGGUGACACGAUUACACUGAAAGUGAUAACAGUCGAUGUAGCUGAUAUGAGUAGGGGAGGAACUAUUGUGCAUCGACCGCCAACAGCAUCAUCUCGUCACUCUUUGGUUUUUACACCCACGCCGUCAGCAAUCUACUCGUCUACAAAAGCGUCCAGUGUUUAUCGGAUGAGAUUUGACACGCAUGAUGCGCAUGGAGUUGAUUACUAUGCCCCAAAUGAAAUCAGGAACGCCUACUCGGAAUCACGUCACGCGUCAGUCAGGCAAAGGCCGGGUAGCGGGAGGAGGAUAUCCGCAGCGGAAUUGGAGAAUUUGAUGGUUCGACAGCGGGUACCGUCGGUGCAAGGUUCACCAUAUCAAAUGCAAUAUGAUCAGGAGUCGUUGAAUGGGGGUUAUUCGUCAAAGAAGUAUAAUUCGGUUUCUGACAUGAAGAGGAGGAAAGGUCAACGGAAUGUGGUGGCUUCAUCUGCCGGAUUGAAUAGGUCGACUUUCGAGCAAGCGGCUCCCACAACUAGCACAUUCGAGUACAACUGUAGCAGUCGAAGCACACCUCAACUAUCUCGAAUGGACUCAUUUGAUUCAUUUGACGAUGAAGAUGAGAUGCCAGCUCCACCACCGGCGUCGUAUAUCUCUCCGGAUUUGCAGAGAGAUUCUUCAAUGCAGCGGAGUGAAUAUUCUAGGCCGUUCCGACCAACGUCAAGGCCGAAAACUCCACCACCUCCUCCACCGAUGCAACAUCAGAAUCAUCAGAACCACCAAUAUCAACAACAACAUCCAUCUCUUCCAAGAUCAGCUUCAACACCUCAACCAAUUCAGCAGCAGCAGUCAUCGAUUCCACCACCGCCUCCACCACCUCCUCCGCCACACUGCGAGCCAACGAUGGUACAUGUUGAGUUCACACCUCCAUCAACAUCUUCAGUACCUCCUCCACCUCCUCCAUUGCCUCCAAUCUCAUCUGGAGCUCCGCCACCACCUCCACCACCUCCUCCGGGAGGUUUGAUGCAUGUGGCUGCGAGUGCUCCGGUUUUGAUGAGCAAUUCAAAAGGAAUAUCAGCAGAUGCCUUGAAAUCAGUUCAAUUAAAAAAAGCAGAACCACGAGAAACAUCGGCGGCUUCUGUCAGUAAUAAUAACAAUAAUAACAACAACUCCACGACAGAUUUUCAAAUGGAUUUGAAGAAUGCGUUGGCAAAGAGGCGGAGUAAAGUAGCUCACGAUGUCGAUGAGGAUGAGGAGAGAGAAAGUCGAUUCGAAGGAUUAUCACUUCGAGAAACUGUUCGGGAAAAUGUUGUAGAACGUGGAAAAGGAAUUCAGAACAUUGGAAUAGUUAAUAAGAAGGACAGUGGGUACACAUCUUCUCGAACGUCACUGGAACCAUCUGAAUCGGAAGAAAAAGAUCAUCGACCCCAUUUCUCACUUGAUCACUCUCCAAAUGUUCAAAGAGUGACACUGAUCUCUCAGCAUCUCGAGGAUAAUUACGGACAGAAGGACAAUAUGUCUGUUGCCUCGUCGUCAACUGCGUCAUCAUCAUCAACAGUUGAUCUAACGAAACCUGGAUGCUUCGUGGUACCAUCUCAUGUCAUUCCACCUGUCGAUUAUGAUGAUGAUCCGGAUUCUGGAACAGGCGAUAGCGAUGGAGAGAUUCGCUGUAGUGAAAUAUCAUUCGAACACAAGAAGGUAGAUGUCUGGUCGGUGGAUGACGUCAUCGGUUGGCUCUCAUCACUACACCUCUCUGAAUAUACACCAGCAUUUCGAAGUCAACGAAUCAAUGGCCGAUGCCUUCGCCAGUGCGAUCGGUCUCGAUUUACACAGCUCGGUGUCACCCGAAUUGCUCAUCGCCAGAUAAUUGAAUCAGCUCUCCGUGGCCUCCUCCAGUGAUUUAUGAUUUUCCCCCCUCAUUUCUACUUUCUCGAUUUUCUCCCGCGUAGCUGGCUUUAUAUAUUUGUAUAUAAUAUUGUUUCAUUUGUUUUUGAUAGUGAAACCCAAUUCUAAUUGACCAUCGUGUCUUUAUCCUGCUCAUCAUCAUUUUUCAUUAAUUUUCUUCCAUUUUUCGGUGUCCUAGGGUAAUACAAAAAAUAUAUAGUUUUUAUAUUUUAAUAUAUAUUUUAUUCCUCACUGAUUCUAUGCCUUUUCGUAGAAUUGCUCCCCAAUUUUUGCAUUUGCAUUGAAAGAAAUUUAAUUUUUCAAACAAGAUUCAUGAACAAAUCGGUGAUUCAUUGAUAAAUUUCUUUACUACAAAUU